GGGACGUGCUUUAGUCGACUUUGAAGUGAACCUUGGGCUUGGUGGAAUUGCUGCUCUGUUAAUCGAACAAAAUGUGCGACGAAGAGAUUGCCGCGUUGGUCAUCGACAAUGGAUCCGGAAUGUGCAAGGCCGGAUUCGCCGGUGACGAUGCACCGCGUGCCGUGUUCCCCUCGAUCGUGGGCCGUGCCCGGCACCAGGGUGUGAUGGUCGGUAUGGGCCAGAAGGACUCCUACGUGGGCGAUGAGGCCCAGAGCAAGCGCGGUAUCUUGACCCUGAAGUACCCGAUCGAGCACGGAAUCGUUUCGAACUGGGACGACAUGGAGAAAAUCUGGCACCACACGUUCUACAACGAGCUGCGUGUGGCCCCAGAGGAACAUCCGGUCCUGUUGACGGAGGCACCACUGAACCCCAAGGCUAACCGCGAGAAGAUGACUCAGAUCAUGUUCGAGACCUUCAACACGCCAGCGAUGUAUGUUGCCAUCCAGGCUGUGCUGAGCUUGUAUGCUUCUGGUCGUACGACUGGUAUUGUGCUCGACUCUGGAGAUGGUGUCUCCCACACUGUGCCGAUCUACGAAGGUUAUGCCCUGCCACACGCCAUCCUGCGUUUGGAUCUGGCUGGUCGUGAUCUGACCGAUUACUUGAUGACCAUCUUGACCGAACGUGGCUACACUUUUACGACCACCGCCGAGCGCGAAAUCGUUCGUGACAUCAAGGAAAAGCUGUGCUACGUCGCCCUAGACUUUGAACAGGAGAUGGCAACUGCUGCUACCUCGUCCAGCUUGGAGAAGUCCUAUGAACUGCCGGACGGACAGGUUAUCACCAUUGGUAACGAACGGUUCCGCUGUCCGGAAACUCUAUUCCAGCCAUCCUUCAUCGGAAUGGAAACCGUUGGCGUUCAUGAAACGGUGUUCAACUCGAUUAAGAAGUGUGAUGUCGACAUCCGUAAGGAUUUAUUCGCCAAUACCGUCCUGUCCGGUGGAUCUACCAUGUUCGCCGGAAUCGCUGAUCGUAUGCAGCGCGAACUGUCAACGCUCGCUCCGCCUUCGAUCAAGGUCAAGAUCGUCGCCCCGCCAGAACGCAAAUACUCCGUCUGGAUCGGCGGAUCGAUCCUGGCAUCACUCUCCACCUUCCAGCAAAUGUGGAUCUCAAAGCAGGAAUAUGACGAAUCCGGACCCGGAAUCGUUCACCGCAAGUGCUUCUAAGUAUCAUCCUCUGUUAUACAACUGAUAAAAAAAAUUCGAUAAUAAAACUGUAUAGACUGAAUCACGCCAUAUAAGGAAAGCCUUGAACACCA